AGCUAAAAACGAGCAGGGCUAGCAACUCGCACGUCUAACACUCAUGCACUUCUGCUUGGAAAUCUGAAAAAGAAGACGCAUUUUUUUUCCCUAAAAACUUCUUUCAGCGUUUUUUUUUUUAAUGGGCCACCACCCUUUGAAGGGCAGAAACUGGAUUUGAUUUUUUUUGGUUUGUGUAGGAUUUGUUGAGUGUGUGUGUGUGUGUGGAACAGGCGUUUCAUGAGCAGAAGUGAUUGACCAUGGAUUCCUUUAAAGGAGCUAUGAAUUUGGAAAGAUUGCCUGAGAGUUUAAGACCCCAGCCUUCCCACGACAUGGCCACCAGUUUCCAUUUGCAGAGAUCAUCUGAAGCCAGGGAUCCCAUGGACAAUUCAGCCAGUGAGUCUUCUGAUACUGAAAUCGCAGAGAAAGAACGAACCGGGGAGCCAAAAGGAGAGGACGGGAAUGGGGAUGAUCCCAGCAAGAAAAAGAAGCAGAGGAGACAAAGGACUCACUUUACCAGCCAGCAGCUGCAGGAGCUGGAGGCCACUUUCCAGAGGAACCGAUAUCCAGACAUGAGCAUGAGAGAGGAGAUUGCUGUAUGGACCAAUCUGACUGAGGCCAGGGUCAGGGUGUGGUUCAAGAACCGCCGAGCCAAGUGGAGGAAGAGGGAGCGGAACCAGCAGAUGGACCUGUGUAAGAAUGGUUACGUGCCCCAGUUCAGCGGGCUCAUGCAGCCGUACGACGAGAUGUACGCAGGAUACCCCUACAACAACUGGGCCACAAAAAGCCUCACCCCUGCCCCCCUGUCCACCAAGAGCUUCACCUUCUUCAACUCCAUGAGUCCCUUGUCUUCCCAGUCCAUGUUCUCCGGCCCCAGCUCCAUCUCUUCCAUGAGCAUGCCCUCCAGCAUGGGUCACUCUGCGGUGCCAGGCAUGGCCAACUCCAGCCUCAAUAACAUCAAUAACCUGAACAACAUCAGCGGCUCCUCCCUCAACUCAGCCAUGUCUUCUACUGGUUGUCCCUAUGGACCCCCUGGUUCCCCCUACACGGUUUACCGGGACACUUGUAACUCCAGUCUGGCAAGCCUGAGACUGAAAUCCAAGCAGCACUCCACCUUCGGCUACAGCAGCCUCCAGAGCCCGGCCUCCAGCCUCAAUGCUUGCCAAUAUAACAGUUGAUAGACUCCCCCGGCCCCAGCGCCUGUCCCGUGGACUCUCACACAUGGACCACACAAUGUUGUUUUGUGCAAGACACCGAAUCGAAAGAACACAUGGAUGAGUUGCAAUUUUUCUCUGGAUUAUGCGGGUUGUAUGUGUUUACUUGAACUUGCACAAGAAGUUCUCUGUAGCCACUCUCCCGGGCGAGAGAUUGGAGACACAUUGAUAUAAGGAACAGGUGGUGGCUUUAAUAAGUGGCUUUAAUAAGUGGCUCCUCUGGUGGUUAAUAAGUGGCUCUUCUGGUGGUUAAUAAGUGGCUCCUCUGGCGCUACCAGCCAGGGACUUUGCGCAUCGCCUACCACUCACACCACAACCUUGGAAACUAUAGGGAGAGGAGCAAGGAAGAAACAAUGAAUAAAAGGGGUUUAAAAAGAAUUAAAAAAAAAAAAGGGUUAACCACUUAAAAAGGUUAUAUGUAUAUAUAAAUAGAUGUCGCUGCUACCAGAGUGCGACAAAUCAAUCUGGUUUCACCAAUGCAUGAUUCUCCGUGUUUGUUCAGCUACAAAGGAAGAUCCGAUUGUUUCCAAAUACAACGCUCUUCGUUCUAGAAUCCCACCCUGGAACAAUUAAACCCUCCCCCGCGGCUCUUCUACGGUUAUUUCAUCCCCCCGCCCUUCCUCCUAAAUCCACUCCCCUGGCAAUUGUAUGUAUGCUAUGCUUCUAGAUCGAUCGAUCUUCAUUAUUUAUCUGCAAUUUAUAGCUCCCUAUAUGUAUCCUAAAUAUGCUAUGUACAAAUAAUAAAUCAUUCAAACCUU